UCUCCUUCCGCUUCCGGCGGGAGCGGAGCGGGGAGCGCAGGCGACGUGUCGUGAGCGGAGCGGGAGCCGGGCGCCAUGGAGCUGGAGGCGAUGAGCAGAUACACCAGCCCGGUGAACCCGGCCGUUUUCCCGCACCUCACCGUGGUGCUGCUGGCCAUCGGCAUGUUCUUCACCGCCUGGUUCUUCGUCUACGAGGUGACUUCUACCAAGUACACGCGGGAUAUCUACAAGGAGCUGUUGAUCUCGCUGGUGGCUUCGCUCUUCAUGGGCUUUGGCGUCCUCUUCCUGCUGCUGUGGGUCGGUAUUUACGUCUGAGGCCCGGGCGGAGGAGCACCGGUACUGCCUUGUUGAUCCCUAUGGCUGUGGGAAGCCCUGCGGAAAGUCUUUUUGUAUUUCUUUUAUACUUCAACAACAAAGCUUGUGUCAGGCAUGGGCUGUGCUCUUGUCGAGCGACUUCUGCCAGCCCAACAAACCAAACCCGAAUAAAACUGGCUCUGUGACGCACCUGCCUUUGGACUCGCAG